AUGCUAAAGCCAGAUGGAUCAAUUGGCAAACACAAAACAAUGCUAUUAGCUAUAGGAUUUCUACAUAAAUAUGGUUUAGACUACUUUAAAGUAUUUGCUCCUGUAGCUAGACAUGAAACAAUCAGAUUGGUGAUUGCUAUAGCUGCAAAUAGGAAUGGGCCUCUUAUGCAUUUAGAUGUGAAAUAUGUUUUUCUUAAUGGUCCUUUACAAGAGGAUGUUUAUGUAUCACAACCUCCUAGAUUUGUGAAAAGGAAUCAGGAAGGGAUGGUAUUAGAAGGUCAUGCCUUUAGUGGUAGGUUGACCACAGAUGAGAAGCAGCAUGUUGUUGAUUUGACAAAGAGACAUGUUCCACCUCGACACAUAUUGAUUUCGUUGAAAGAGCAAGAUCCUGAGAAUGUCACUCGGAUCAUGCAAUUAUGGACUGCACUUAUAAGACAAACUAAUAUAGACAACCUCUGUUUGAAAUUAUUGAAAGAUUUGUGUCCACAAGUGAUCUUGACGAAUAGAGAUUUUGCUUUGAUGAAAACAGUUAAAGUUGUGUUUCCUACGAUGAUUAAUUUGCUAUGUCGAUUUGACAUUAACAAAAAUGUUGGUGCAAAAUGCAAGCAAUAUGUGGUGAAUGACAUGCAAGAGACGAUAGAUUCAUUAUGGAUGGAUGUUGUAUGGGCUAGUGAUGAUGUUGAGUAUAGUCAACGGUUGCAACAACUUGAACAGACAUGUUUUGAUUAUAGUGAAUUAAUUGAUUAUGUGAAAGACACGUGGUUGAUUCCACAUAGGGUUGAGUCUGCAUAUUGGAAGUUAAAGCAGAUGUUGGGGAAUAGUAUUGGUGACAUGGUCAAAUGUUGGGAAGCUAUGAAUGACAAUCUGAAUUUACAAAUAGGCAACAUUCAAGAUUCUUUUCGAAAAAGUGUUUAUGAAGUUGAGCACGCACACAUAAGUCCAUUUUAUGGUAAUCUGCAAGGUUCUGUUUUUAGAGCUGCUUUGAGACGCAUUGCUGAAGAGAUAUCGAGGAUUUAUUAUGUUGGAAGUAACAUGAAAAAAUGUGGUUGUACUAAUAUAACAAAUUAUGGGUUACCUUGUGCUUGUGAGUUAGGAAGAUACGUUCUUGGUGGUAUUUCGAUACCAAUAGACAGUGUAGAUGAAGAAGAUGGAUCAGAGGUGGAUAUGAGUAGUGCAAUAGAUAAAUUAUGGAGAAGGUUUAGAUCACUAGAUGUUGUUAGGAAAAUAGCAUUAAAAAGUAGGGUUUGUGAACUUGUUUAUCCCACAAAAACUUCAAUGUGUCCACCACCUGAGAAAAUAAAAACCAAAGGAGGAGUGAAGAAGAAAGGGAAGAAACCGAAUGGGUAUGAUGUUUAUAGGGAUCCUUCAUAUCAUGAGUAUGUUGACGAAUCAUCUCAAUCAUCACAGAGACAAUAUCAACCAUCACAUACUUCAAAGAAGCAGUCACAAUCAAAGAAACAAUCCCCAUCGAAGAAGCAUUAG